CUCCCUCCAGCCCCCUCACUUCCCCAUGCCCCGUCCCUCUUGCCCGCCACCGCCCUCCACAGGCCGUCUCCACCCAGGAAAAGGAGUUGUAUGGCAUGUCUGCUUUCCGGAACCUCCACUCCUUCCACCCCUCAGCUGACGCAGGUGAGGGUGACAGCCUGUUUCCUGCCGGGACUGAGGAUUUUAUCCAUAAAAGACUCCGACAGAGAAGCAGCAGGAAGACCCUUACGGCUGUCCAGGGGAUCACUGAGGAUUACGAUAACAAUGAAUUAGUGAAAGCACUUCAGAAGUUCACAUGCAGCAGCUGUACAGUUGAGCAGCCAGGGCAUGGGGAGGUAAUUCAGCCACGGGAUGACCAGCGCGAGAGCAUACGCCAGCUCCGUGUAGAGACUGGCCUGGCUGAGGACCAGCCCCUGCAGGUUCAUCAGUUCCGUGUAGAGACUGGCCUGGCUGAGGACCAGCCCCUGCAGGUUCAUCAGUUCCGUGUAGAGACUGGCCUGGCUGAGGACCAGCCCCUGCAGGUUCAUCAGUUCCGUGUAGAGACUGGCCUGGCUGAGGACCAGCCCCUGCAGGUUCAUCAGUUCCGUGUAGAGACUGGCCUGGCUGAGGACCAGCCCCUGCAGGUUCAUCAGUUCCGUGUAGAGACUGGCCUGGCUGAGGACCAGCCCCUGCAGGUUCAUCAGUUCCGUGUAGAGACUGGCCUGGCUGAGGACCAGCCCCUGCAGGUUCAUCAGUUCCGUGUAGAGACUGGCCUGGCUGAGGACCAGCCCCUGCAGGUUCAUCAGUUCCGUGUAGAGACUGGCCUGGCUGAGGACCAGCCCCUGCAGGUUCAUCAGUUCCGUGUAGAGACUGGCCUGGCUGAGGACCAGCCCCUGCAGGUUCAUGGGCUUUAGGUGCUGUGUGUGUGAGUGAGGAUUUCCUUGCAGUGAGUAGAAAAUGUCACUUCUGUCCCUUGUGACGAGUUUAAAACCUCACAGUUUGUAUAAUGUAACUAUUCAGGGUCCACUUUUAACUUGAACUAGUGUAACUCCUUCAUGCAAUAAACUAGAGAGAGUUAAAACAAAACAUAAAACAUAAGGACAGGUAGGGAGGAAACAGAAUGUAACAGGUGAGUAAUAACUCGGGGGUGGGGGCAGUUUGUAUUGCAGUAUUAAAAGCAUAUGAAAAAGGUUUGUAGGCUCAAAAGCAUUAGUAGGAAUGGGGGGUAGUAUAUAACAGUAGAGGUUUCAGUUCACUAGGAAUUUAAGAUAGAAAUAGAACUGUUAAACUUGUAAAUUCCUAAAGACAUUGCUCAAAAUACAUAAAGUGAAAAUGUUAAUGAUAAAAGAAUAAACAUACCUCUCCUAAUGAUUGAAAGGAAACCCUGGUGGCGUAGUGGUUAGUGCUACAGCUCUUAACCAAGAGGUCGGCAGUUCCAAUCUGCCAGGCGCUCCUUGGAAACUCUAUGGGACAGUUCUACUCUGUCCUGUAGGGUCGCUAUGUGUCAGAAUUGACUUGACCACAGUGGGAUUUUUUUGGUUUUCUGCUAACCAAAACGUUGGCAGUUUGAAUCUACCAGGUGCUCCUUGGAAACUCUAUGGGGCGGUUUUACUCUGUCCUGUAGGGUCGCUAUGAGUCGGCAUUGACUUAACGGCAACAGGUUUAUAAUAAUUGAAAAAGGAAGAAUAUAAGUGAUAGUAAACAACAGAUGUGAAUUAUGCAUUUAACAAUUCUUUCUGAUGGAGAAAUACGGAAUCCUGCAUAUUUAUCAGUUAAAAGCCACACUUUUAAACAACUUGUGGUUCAUAGUAAAACACUCAGCUUUGCUGAUGGUCUGGCAUUAAUUUAUUUUAUGAUGCACUGGCCCUUGGCCUGUCUCUGGCCACCCUCAGCCCUCCGCAGUGUUGGACACGCUCACCGUUUCCUGCUCUCUCGGAUGCUUUCUCUACUUCCUGGGCACCGGGCUCUCCUGGUUUUCCCACUUCACUGACUGCUCAGGUUCAGCCUUCCCUUGCCUCACCUUUAAAUUUUGGUGUGCCUCGUGACUUCUUCUCUUUCUACUCUCCCUGGGCCUGCCUUUGGCAUUACAUUUACACAGUCAGUUGGGUGGAUACAGGGAAACCAAUAACGUUAUUGCAAUAACCCAGGCAAAAAGGAUAAAAGAUGGUGGGCUGGGGAGGAGUCGUGGAAGCAGAGAGAGACAGGUGCACGGGGGUGUGUUUUUAAGAGAGCUGACAGGGCUUGCUGCUGGCUGUUUACGGUUCUCAACCAUCCAGUUAAAUGUGUAAAUCAGUCUUGCUCAGACACCCCCAUACCUCAGCACACCUGGAGCAUAUUCUGUUUCUGACAUCUCAGCCCUUAGUUCCUUCUGCUCUUCCUCCCCUUCCUUGACUCCAGCUUCAUUGGUCCCUUUAACAAUUCAGUUUUCGGUUUAACUCUAUUUUGGGAUCAUUUUCAUAAAUUUUUUCAUAAAUACUCAGGUUGGGGUCUAAUUCAGUGUUUUCUUUCUGUUGAAUAGUGUAGCCACCCAUCUUACCUUAAGCUUCCUUCAUCUCAUCUCCCUUUUUUGCCAUUAUCUUUCAGAACUUUUCAGUUACUCUAGCCAGACUGGCGUUCUUAUUUGCUUUUGAACAAGCCAUGCUUAUUGCUCAGUUGGGGCCCUUGAAGUUGGUGUGACUGUGCUGAGUAUGCCCCCGUGCCGGGCAUGGACCUCACUUUCUUUUGGGCAGGUGCCCAACUGUCACUGCUUCCCACGACCUUCCCCCACCAUGCUACCUGAAGGGCCCACUCUACCUGCUGCUCCUGGUGAUUCUCCACCAGCUUACACUGUUAAUGUGUUACAGUACUCAUCAGGACUGACGUUGUGUGUUUGUUUAUUUUUCUUCCUCAGAGAGCUUGUCUUAUUUACUGCUCUUUGCCUGGUUCCUAGUCAUGCCUGGUACAGAGUAGGCACUUGUUGAAUAAAAAUUGAAUAAAUGAAUGUAUUGAUAAUGCAGUUAAUAAAGUAAGCCCAUAAACAAAUAUGAUGAUGUAGAGACCUGUAUUCAACUAAGAACUAGACACUAUUUUUGAUUAAUAACAAUAUUACCAUAUUAACUUAUGUUGCUUACUACAUGUCAACCAUUGUCCUUAGUGCUUGACAUAUUUUAUCAAUAUUAGUUCGUAUUAUGAGAGUCUUACCAAGUGGGUGUGAGAAACUGUGGCUUAGAGAGGCUUAGUAACUUUCCCAAGGCUCGUGCAGUCUAACUGGAUGGCUGGCUGGAAAAUGAACCCGUGCACUCAGCUGUUUCCUUUCUACUUCGUGAGAGUUGUAUAACUUUAUUACAAGGAACAGAACAUCUCAUCAGUGUCCUCUCGCACUCGCAGGUACCUUCUCUUAGUCCGUAGGUGGAUCUGUGAGGGCGACUGCGGUUCUGGAUUUAAUUCUGAGAUGUAAGGUUUUCAUAUUAAAGUGAAAGUGUUGGGAAAGGUCAGAAUAAUUGGAUAUCAGCUUCCAUUCCUGUGAGGUUUUUGAAUACAAGUUGUGCUUGUGUGCUGUCUUCUAUGGGAUCUUUUCAUAUUGUUGGGGAAGCCUGAAAUGUAAACUUUUCCCCUUGAGUCCUCAGUUCCUCCAACAUGGUGGUGAGCUGGCUUGCAGUGCACUUACUUGCUCUUAACUGUCUCAUGCUGGGUGACCUUAUGGAGGUGUCCUGGCACGUCACUAGGGAAAGGGAGGGCCCAUGUGAUAAUGGCCUUCCAUUUGGGGAGGCAACAGCCAAAUUAGAUCCUGCCUCACACAUCCCUCAGAAAUCAGCGUGAGUGAGAAUCGUAGUGAAGUGUCAAAAGCAGAACCUCAAAAAAGUUUAGUUGGAAAUAUAAUUGGAUCUGUUUCUGACUCUGGUGUAGGCAGGUUUUCAUAAGAUCCCGAAACUUUUGCAUAUAAAAGAAAAGAAUGGGAAAUUUCACCAAGUUAAAAUUAAGACCUUCUUGCUGUCAAAAGUUAUAUGAAAGAAAGUACAAGGACAGGUUGCAAACUGGAGAAGAUAAAACACAGGUAGCUGACAAAGGAUGGUGUUGAGAGGAUAUAAAGAAUGUCUACAGUCAAUACGGAAAUUGCAGGCAACCCAAUAAAAUGGGCAAGAGCCGUGAUGAAGGUGUUUUCAUAAAAGGGAAAACAAGUUUGACUAGUCAUCCUAGGAAGACAUUGUUGACUUCAUGAGACAUCAGGAAAAUGCAGACCUAGACCAUAGUGAGAUUCCGUCUUACAUCGUUGGGUUGGUCACCUACAGUGUCAACAGCUGGAGAGGAUGUGGGCCCACAGGGUCUAGUCUGCACCGCUGGGGAGAACGUAAAUUGGUUAGACCACCUAGGAAAACAGCAUUCUCUGGAAAGUCAAAUUACUACAUUCCUAUAAUCCUGCAGUUCCGCUUUGCAUGUCUGUACUAGGAGAGAGACCCAAUGGUGUUCGUACCAAUGCUCUUUGUGACAGAAACCUGGAACAACCCAAUAACAGCAACAGCUAAGUAAGUUGCGGAGUGUUCACAUGGUAAAGGAACUGCGGAUACACGCAGCAACAUGGAUGCACUGUGUGGACAGAUCUUAGCAGUGUCACACUGAGUGACAAAAUUGAGUCCCAGCACAGCAUUGUGGCUGUGCUAAAAGCCACCGACUGGUACACUUCACAGUGGCUCAGCUUAUAUGCAUUUUACCUCAACUAAAAAAAUUCAGUAAAUCCCGGAAGAUUACAUACGGCAUGAUAAGUAAAAAGCAACAAAAACUUGAGGCAAAUAUUGUUAGGAUAAAACCGUAUGGGAAGUAUAAACAAGGGAGCAGUAAACUCAGAGGGAACUAGAGGGCCCGUGCCUUUGCAGGGUCAGCAUCCCCCAUCCCU